CUUACAUGAAUAAGAAACCCACAAAUACCCGGGCUCCUUCACGAGACCAGCUGACAUCCACAUACACUGAACUGAAUAUUCGGGAAGUCGAAACCCUCAUCAAUAUACAAACAGAUGGUCUGGACCCCACCUAUUCUCAGCUGAACAUUCGCCAAAAUGAACUUGUCGUCGCUAAGGAUGAAGAUCCUCCUGUUGCGUCGGGACUAGGAGAAAUGCCAGUGACUGCUCAGGCAGGUCCGCAUAAACAGGAGCCGGACGAGCAGAUCGGAAUUACAUCGUGCCAUAAGAUCUGUCUACUCUCUCUCGUUACGAUCGUCCUCUUCGCGGUAGUGGUGGGGCUCUCGAUCCAUGUGUCACAGAUUCGUCAAUCUCUUAAACGAAUGAACAGCGAUCUCCGUCACCACUUCACUGAGAUGGAAACGAAGUACAGAUCUGUCAACAAGACCAAGGCUCAAAUCUGUGAAUUUUUGACCAGCAGAAGAGAGCAAUCGUCUUCCAAGAACUGGGUCACAAAUAAAGACAGGAGUUAUUACGUAUCCAAGUUUGAUACAUCUUUCCAAAAAGCGAUUCAAGAAUGUUCAAAACGUCAAUCAAGGCUGCUGGAAAUAAAUUCAAAUGAUGAAGCGCGCUUUGUAUUCCACAAUCUUCUGGACAACAACCUUGCUUACUGGAUUGAAAUGUGCGAAAACGGGAAUGUGGGCCGGCGUCUCCUGUACAAGGGGUCCUCGGGAACGCCCGUCUGCAGUCCGUGCGGAACGAGUUACCCUUGUGGUCAUAAUCGGCGUUUCAUCUGCGAGAUGUCGGCACCUUUGUUCCCGGAUAUUCCUGAAAAGAUCCAGGGUCUCUGUCAACAGCCAGUGGAGUCGACAUGAAUCAACAGGGCGGACUCACCGACGGCAACGUGACCUCCCGACUCCUGUACUCAGUGUGACUGGUGAAGACCAGCGUGUCAAGUGUCCUGUCCACCCUAUCGGAUGUUUUCCACCGGAAUCGCUAUUUCAAUUAUUAUCUGAAGCUUAUAACACCUGAAAUUUGUACUUUUGAAGUUACAGUA